UAUCAGGUGCUGUCAAGUGUUGUUGUUGAGUUCGUUUCCAUUGCGUUUUUUAUUCAUUUGUCGUAUUUAAACUAUUAUUUACGAUGCCUAAAGUUGUAAAAAGUACUGGUCGAGAAAUAAUAUUGAAGGUGAAGGAGUUUUGUGAAGCAGAACAGAAGAAUCAGGGGGUUUUGAUACCAAUAAACAAUGUUCGUAAGAGAGUAGCCGUCAUGACAGGUACUUAGUUGGGGAUACCAGUGUGUCUGAGAAAACAGUUUCGAGGAUAACACAAGAAGGAAAAGUAGCGGCUAGUACUUCGAAAAGGAUUGUCACACCAGGGAAGAGUCGCCUACGUGCAAAAAAAAUUGAUUUGGAUGGAUUCGAUCUAUGUGCUAUUCGCCAUAAAAUUCACCAGUUUUAUACGGUAAAAAAAGAACUUCCUACUUUAAAUAAAUUACUCGCAGUGUUAAAAGAAGACAUUGGGUUUGAAGGAAGCCGCGCCACGCUACAUAGAAUACUGCAAAGUAUUGGUUUUAAAUACAAACAAUAAAAUGCCUGUCAAAAAGGAAGUUAUUAAUGGAACGGUACGAUAUAACUGCUUGGCGCGCUAGAUACAUAGAAAAGAUGAGAAAAAAUCGAACCGUAGAGAAAAGACCCGUGGUGUUCUUGGAUGAAACCUAUAUCCAUAAUACAUAUCAUGCCAAAAGUUGUUGGCAAAGUGCAGAAGUGCCAGGGCUAUUCACUACCGAGUCCGUUGGGAGUAGGUGGAUAAUUGCUCAUGUUGGAUCUGAAAAUGGUUUUGUUGAGAAUGCUCUAUUAAUUUUUAAAUCCCAGUCAAAGUCGUCAGAUUAUCAUGACGAUAUGAACUCCGGUAACUUUCUAAAGUGGAUAACUGAAAAGGUAAUCCCAAAUUUGCCUGAAAAGUCACUUGUGGUUAUGGACAAUGCACCAUACCACUGCACACAGCUAAACAAAGCGCCAACAAUGGCAAAUUUCAAAAGUGAAAUGCAACAGUGGUUGCGUGAAAAAAAUCUUAAUUUUGAACUGACCUGGACGAAAGCCGUAUUGUUUGAUUUAAUUAAACAAAAUAAAGGACAACCAACUUAUGCCGUAGAUGAACUUUUAAAAAGCUACAACCAUGAAAUUCUGAGACUACCACCAUAUCACUGCGACCUUAAUCCAAUUGAAAAAAUAUGGAGUCUUGUAAAAAAACGCGUGGCUGAGAAAAAUGUUGAUCAGGAUCCGAAAAAAAAUUUAAAAUUGACGGAAGAAGCGUUUACUAGCGUGACUCCAGAAGAUUGGUUUGUUCAGUGCAAACAUGUGGAGCAUUUAGAGGAUGAAUAUUUUAGGAAUCAUGGACUGAUGGAUGAAGAAAUGGACCGGAUUAUUAUAUCAACAGCAAGUGAUAGUGAAACAGAGUCGGAUGACGAAAGUAAUAUGGACUAUGAUUCAGGUAGUGACUGUUGUAUGUCUGGAAUAAACCCGAUCGGUGACCAUAAUUAUGUUGUUAAAAUAUAAUUAAAAUUAUAUUUUAUU